AUGUCUUGGGAUCUGCAGGAUGUGGUCCACACUGAGGUGAAGCCUCUGGUGGAGAAAGGGGAGACCAUCACUGGCCUCCUUCAAGAGUUUGAUGUUCAGGAACAGGACAUUGAAAUGUUACAUGACUGGCCCAUCAUCCUCACAUACCAUGACAUUGGCAUGAACCACAAAACCUGCUACAAUCCACUCUUCAACUCCAAGGACAUGCAGGAGAUCACCCAGCACUUUGCUGUGUGUCACAUGGAUGCCCCCGGCCAGCAGGACUGCGCUGCCUCCUUCCCCGUGGGGUACAUGAACCCCUCCAUGGACCAGAUGGCUUAAAUGCUUCCUGGAAUCCUCCACCAAUUUGGGCUGAAAAGUGUCAUUGGUACGGGCACUGGUGUGGGUGCCUACAUCCUAACUGGAUUUGCUCUGAACAACCCGGAGAUGGUGGAGGACCAUGUGCUCAUCAAUGUGAACCCUUGUGCAGAAGGCUGGAUGGACUGUGCCACCUCCGAGAUCUCAGGAUGGACCCACACCAUGCCAGACAUGGUGGUGUCCCACCUCUUUGGGAAGGAAGAAAUGAAGAACACUGUGGAGGUGAUCCACAUCUACCACCAUCAUGUUGUGAACGACAUGAACCCCACCAACCUGUGCCUGUUCAUGAACACAUACAACAACCAGUGGGACCUGGAGAUCGAGUGGCCCAUGCCAGGAACCCACACCGUCACCCUGCAGUGCCCUGCUUUGUUGGUGGUUGGGGAUAAUUCUCCUGCUGUGGAUGCUGUGGUGGAGUGUAAAUCUAAAUUGGACCCAACGAAGACAACCCUCUUCAAAAUGGCUGACUGUGGUGGCCUCCUGCAGAUCUCACAGCCAGCCAAGCUUGCGGAGGCCUUCAGGUACUUUGUACAGAGCAUGGCAUACAUGCCGUCCUCCAGCAAGACUCUCCUGAUGUGGUCUCGCCCAGCCUCUGGAUCCAGCGUCACCUCCCUGGAGGGUGCCCGGAGCCGCUCCCACACCAGCAAGGGCACCUGCAGCCACUCCCACACCAGUGAAGGUGCCUGUCUCGACAUCACUCCCAGCUCUGGUGCCACUGGGGACGGUACUGGGCCCAAGUCCAUGGAGGUGUCCUGCUAG